AACCACUUCAGCCAAUCACAGGCUUCGCCCGGCGCAUUGAUACCAGCGAAUAGAACGCCGUAUGUUUUUGAAUUCCAUAUAGAGCCUUAGUCCAUAGAUGCCUUGUGUCGCAGAGCUUUAGCGUGGGACGAAUGAACUGAAGCUCUGGCGUUUGACGACUGAACGGAUGGAUGGAGGUGCUGGUGCGAAACCUUAUUUGACAUCCACUACUUUGUGCCGACCACGUUGCUGAGCACUUCAAGUGGAUUUACUGAGAACAGAAACUGCAUAAGUGGCAAACAUGGCCUCAGCUUCAUCCAGCAGUGAAAGUGAGUCGCAAAGUGUGCUUACCUGGGAGCAAGUGAGCCGCUUGAAUGACGUGCUGACGGAGGCCGUGCCAGUUCACGGACGAGGAAACUUUCCCACACUGGAGGUCCGUCUGAAGGAUAUCGUCCAGAUGGUUAGGAACCGUCUGGAGCUGAGGGGCAUUAUGGUCAAAGAUGUCCGCCUGAACGGCUCGACCGCCAGCCACGUGCUGGAAAAGGACAUUGGCUGGAGCUACAAAGACCUGGACAUCAUCUUCAGGGUAGACCUUCCUCGGGAAGAGGAGUUCCAGCUCAUCAAAGAUGUGGUUUUGAGCACUUUGUUGGACUUUCUACCAGAGGGGGUGAACAAGGAGAAGAUCACUCCCAUGACCCUGAAAGAGGCCUACGUCCAGAAGCUGGUCAAAGUCUACACAGAGCAGGACCGCUGGUCCCUCAUCUCGCUGUCAAACAACAAUGGCCGCAAUGUGGAACUUAAGUUUGUGGACUCGAUCCGGAGACAGUUCGAGUUCAGCGUGGACUCCUUCCAGAUCAUUUUGGACUCAGUGCUGUCGUACUAUGACUUCUCAGAAAACCCCAUGUCUCGGCACUUCCACCCUACCGUGGUCGGGGAGAGCGUGUAUGGCGACUUUGCAGUGGCUCUGGACCACCUCAGGAACAAGCUCAUCGCCACCAAGCGGCCGGAGGAGAUCCGCGGAGGUGGUUUGCUCAAAUACUGCAACCUCCUGGUGAGGGACUUCAGGCCCACGGACGAAGACGAGUUUAAGGCCUUGGAGCGCUACAUGUGCUCCCGUUUCUUCAUUGACUUUCCUGACAUCGGUGAACAACAGCGCAAACUGGAGACUUAUCUGCAAAGCCACUUUGUCGGUGAGGAGAAGAACAAGUACAACUACCUCAUGAUCCUGCGAAGGGUCGUGAACGAGAGCACCGUGUGUCUCAUGGGACACGAGAGGCGGCAGACGCUUAACCUAAUCUCCCUGAUGGCGUUUCGCGUUCUCGCUGAGCAGAACGCCAUACCUGAUGCGUCCAGUGUCACCUGCUACUACCAGCCGGCUCCGUAUGUCAGAGACCUGAACUUCAACAACUACUAUGUGGCCUCUUGUAACCAGUCCAUUCCAACUUGGUUGCCUUGUAACUAAGACUCAAAGAUGCUUAUUCAAAAACAAAAUCCUCGAGUUGGCCAGAACGCAGGAUAUUUGGCCGUAAGGGAUGUUUCCCUCUGUAGACAUAAAGGAUAUUUAAAAUGAUUAGUGUUUCCUUUUUUUUUUUUUUUUUUUUUUACUUUUAAUUCCUUCUCUGCAGAGGUGCCAAGACAUUUCUGAUUCAAAGUGAUAUAUUUUAGUGAUUUUUUUUUUUUUUUUUCUUUUUUUAUUUAAUAUUCUAAAGUUUCAGAUUUCUUUGUUCUCAUCUCUGUCCCUGACCCGAGAGAUUAUUAUUUUUUUCCAUAUUGAAGAGAAACUAUUCCCAUAGUGCCUUAAUAUAUUCUAACCUUAAAAAGGAAGGAAAAUGCAUAUUGGGACAAAUUAAUAUAUUUUCCUGUGUGUUACAAAAUAAAAAGGCCAAAAAAAUAAAUAAAUAAUGUUCUUAGAAAUUUGAAGGAGAAAAAAAAAAGACAAAAUUUGCAAGAAAAGAUAUGAAAAAUGUGAGCACAGGUGAAAUAAUAGGUAUUUUAGGACUAAAGUUAUCAGGAGUUUUUGUUUUGUUUUUGGUACACUGGUGGGCAGCUAAAUUCUUUUUGUUCUCAAAUAGAAAUGUGAACAGAAUAAUGUUAAAGUAUUCAUAGCAAUGUGCUUCAGAUUGCUGUGUGAAUGAAUACUGAAGGCUUUUGUGUUCCACCGUACGUUUUUGAGAAUUUGUCAUUUAUAAACCGAUUCGGUCUUGCCAGUUACAUCUUAGGUGAGACCGUGAUUGAAUUUGGUUGCGGCAUGUACAAAAAGAUGCUUUGUCCUUUUCCCAGCAGUUCAGAGCAGUUAAACAGUCCAUUUUUAUGAAGAUUAAUGAAGAUCCUCUGCUCUAGUCGUUAAACCUUCCUUCGUCUCUUAUUAAUAUUGUGUUUGUGUUUAAAUGGGACGGAGAGGUCAUGCUUGUCCAUACAAGGUUCAGCUGUUGGACGAUCUGUCCUCCUGAGCUUUUUGCGGCCAUUAACAGACUUAGCACUGCCUCGUGUAACAAGACCUCCAGCUAACAGCCUAGCCAAGCCAAAUGGUGUCGCAGCGCUCUAAAAUUAUCCCUUCCUGCGCCUCCCGGGAUGUGCCUUGAAUGGACAGCAUGUGGGGUGGAAUUUCUAGUGGGGCAACUGUCUUUCCUAUGCUUCUGACUAGUGUCACUGUAGAUGAGGAGAGGACUCUGGCAUGUCACGAAGCCUUUUCUGGUAAUUGAGGUCUGGGAGGGGUUGCCGUAGCUGAAGGAUAUGCCCGUGCUCCUUUAAAUGAACGUAAAAUGCAUGUCAGUGUGGAUUCCUUUCCAGUUUUGGAUCUAAUCGAUGUUGCUGCUCUUGAUCUUUAUUGGGCUUCGAUGUCUCCUGUCUUGGUUCUUUGUCAGUUAACUUGAUGUUAUUGCUUCAAGGCAAGUUGCAGUCGUCAGUUGGGUUAAGCUAGUUCCAUGUUUUUUUUUUUUUUUGUACGUUAGACAGUAUUUAAUUAUGUGUCUGAACCUCCCCUCCCCCCCUUCAUGCCCACGUGUAGUUCUCUUUCUGACAUUCGUCCAUCCAGAGUGGGGUAGUACUCUGUUAGCUGCUCUUACGUAAUGGCCGACAGCUGCCCCCUGCCCCUCAGGUUUCCUCUUGGCCUCGCUCACGCGCCACAGCUCCUGCUGCUUCAGCUUGUACGAGCACAUGCGCUAGAUAACCAUGAGAGCCACGUUCCUUCUCUUAUCUGCGCUCCCAGACUUCUAGGGUAAAGAGAGAAGGGUCACAUGGCCUCUCAUUCAGUGGGUUACACCCCAAAGCGCAUUGAGCUGGAUUGGAUUUUUGCUUGCACGUUGUUUUUUUGUAUUUUGGCUCAACUUUUUUUUUAUUUUUUUUUUCAGUAUUUUUGGGGCAUGCACACUGUGGACCAAUGUUUCAACCAGCAACACAGCACACAUGUGCCUUUUCUGUGAUUAACCCAUUUAGAAAGUGAAGACGCUGUAGCUCAUCCUCUCUGGUUUCAGAAUAAUUUGGUGCCGUUAAAUUUUUGCUAGUCCAUUAAAAGUGUGAAGGAUGAAUGACUGCGCUUUUUUUUUUUUUUUUUUUUCCUUUUUCUUUGUCGCUCCUUUUUUUUUCUAAUUGUAGUUGUCUAGUCAUUCCAGUUAUGAAUCAUUUACGCCUUUUCACCAUCACCCUCCUAACCAAAGCAAGUACUGUGUACUACACAGCAUUCUUAAAAUCCGAAAGGCCGAAUUAAGAACCCAUGUCAAUGAAUGCACUUUACAGGCCUUAUCAUUACUCCAAAGCUAGUCAUCGUCACAAGCUAUAAGGUGCCCUUUUUUUUUUUUUUUUUUUUUUUUUUUUUUUUAAUGGGGGCGUCUCAGGGACAUGAUAAAGGGCUACAGUGUGUCUUGAGGAUAGCUAAACUUGUUCAGCCAACUUCCUGCAAAGUGAACCCGUUUGAAAAGCAUCGUAUUACUAAGCAAUUUAGAAUAUAUAAAAUCUACACAUCAGGAACAAGUGCUUCUGUUUCAGAACUGGUUUUCUUUUUUGUGUGUGAAAGAGUUUGUGUUAUCUAUAGUGGCUGGCCAACAGAAUCUCGCCUUAACCUGUCUUGUUUUUUUUUUUUUUUUUUUUUUUUUUUUUAUUUAUUUUUUUUUUUUGAUCAUGUGUGAAAACGAAAAGAAACAUGCCUUUUUGUUUUGUGCGUUUUAUCUUGUCCAGAUGCACUUCACAUAGAUAAGGCCUGGUGUGAUGAGGCUUGGCUCAUUUCCUUUUUGAAGUCUGUGUAAAGUUUCUUGAAAGGGAAGUGUUAAAAUGGGAAAACAUGCUUUUGUGUUAGUAUUCACAUUCUGUUCUUUUUUAUUUUCUUUGUCUCCUUGUCAGCUGUAAUUCCAUAUUCCCCAGUGUUACCCUUUAUUCAAUAGACAAAGGUGUUGGAGCUUUUUGUAACGCAGCUCUGAAAGCAUCUGUAACUGUGUGUACGGGGAGAUUUAUUGGAUUUGGACAUGCUUGUCUAAAGUGCAAGUCUUAAUGAUGAUUGAGGCCUUUUUGAAGCCCUUUUGCAAUGUUGCAAGAAGAGUUGUGGAUUUCAGCAGGUUUUGUUUACUUUUUUUUUUUUUUUGAUUUAUUUGUCUUGUUUGUCUGUUCUGAUGUUAAUGAUUGUGAGUUCAAAAAAAAAAAAUUAAGUGAAAUGGAAGUCGCACUAUUAUUUUGAAAUAGUUAUGUCGGCGUGGUGAUUUGAUGUAGAUUCAUUGUGCCAUUUUGUUUCUCAGCACUUUUACCUCACUAUAAGUUUCCUUUGGCUGGAGUUGAAAAUAAGGAAAAUGUGUAUCAAGGGGAAUAAUAAAGUAUUGAAAGCCCA